CGCCGCUUCCGCGAUGCCAACGCGGUACGAUUCUGGCGAUAUCUGGAAAAGACAAGGCGAGUCGUCGCAUAUUCAUUUCCAAAAUCCAAACGGUCGCAGUCUCAAAGACGCUGCCCCAGCUAGAGCGUCCACAUAUUAUGUGGAGCAGGCUCUUUCUCUCCACUGUAGUGAUGCGUUUGUCAUUUAAAAAAUAUCACAGCGUCGACAGAGUCGCGGUGUUUUAGGUCGGGUAGACGAACGUCGAUUCCCUAGCGUCUCGCGGUGCUUUGAUGUGCAGCCUAAUGAAAGGACGGUGGCCCAACAACGGCGGCAGUUCCUGUGUGUGUCCAUUUCUAACCGGACAAAGGACGUUGCACGAUAUGUUGCUGACGCCAGCCACAAGCCGGUGGCGCCACGUGAAAUGCACAGGAAACCAGUCAGCCUUCCGGCGGUGCCGUGUCCGAGUUGUUAUGUUAGUGGAAGUCCAUUGGUCAUGAUUUGUCAUUUGGUGCGUGUCAUUUCUCGUGUCAGUCGUCCGCAUUUCAUGAUUCCCUUGUUUCGUAGCACAGUGACGCGGAAGCCGGAGUCAGGCUGCGACGCGAAACAAGCGUCGCCGGCCACAUCCGAAAACCAGUAAAGAGUGAGUUUUUGCUUCAUCAGCAGCUGAAGUAUAACGAGUAUCGUCAGUUAAGUAAGGUGUCCCAGACUGUUUUGCUCACGGUUGCAGUCGUCAGCGUGCCGGCAGUGGAGCGGCAACGUGGAUAAGUCGACUCCUCUGUGAAGUUCACUGUGGAAUUCGUGGAUCAACAUCGUUCUUGUCGACGGUAUUGCUGUAAAUACCUUGAACCAGCACUACUACGGGACUAGACCCGCCAAAGUGUGUCCCUUCCUUUUCAAACGAACGCGUAUCCAUGUGUUGUUUGCUUGGUUAUUUCUGACGUGUUCUUCGAAUGUUCAUUCCCCCCCCCCUCCCGACGUGACCGGAUGGAUAUGCAGACCAUUCCCGAGGGCGGUUGCGCCGCAGCGUCGCUCUUGGUCCGCCGAAGGAGGGCGCCUGUUUACAAUAACGGAGACAACAAGGAUGUCAAAAUACCGCAGCCCUCUUGCAUCAGGGUUAUCUGUGUAGCGGCAUCUUUGAUUCUCGCCUUUGGCGUAGACGUUGGUUUGGCAGAUCAUUACAAGUUGAGACCGGAACCAUGCAGCACGGAAGCCCCACAUCGUCGACGGCUUGUCUCUUCUACGGAGCGCGGAGCAAACGAAGAGUUAUCUAAAUCACGUAGAGUGCUUCUUUUCGGCCGAGUCCUUCAAUUGACAGAACGCCAGCGAAACGGAACUACAGGGGGUGUAGCGCCGCGCCGGCUGGCAGAGGCUUCACACCACCCCGGUGAGAUGGAGCAGUUGAUUGGUGAGCUGGGCUUGACAGCAAUCAGAGACGGUGGCUCGGUGCCACACAUGUCGGCAAGACCGAUGACGAGUAACGGGACUCCGUUGUGGCCACCUGGGCAAAAUAGUAGAUCCAGGAUUUUUCGACGGAGUGGACGUGGCCAGGACCACGCCGCUUCGAGCGCCAAUAUGAGCACAGAACGUAGUGAAAGUCCAAGGCACAUGAUAUUUCCGUCUAAGUUCCCCUUGCCUCCGGAUCUACAGUCCCACAAGGAUGUCUUGCAUCCGUCCUGCGCGGACUGCCAAGGAAGGGAAGACUUAUUUCAUCGGGUUUUAUCAGCAAUUGAGAGCGUGAGGGAUCGAAUAGACGCCCUCGAACGGCCAGUCGUGAGUUUCACAGAAACGCAAAGGUUCCCUGUCACACAGGAGAAAGGGGUUCCAGAUCGACAUUGGGCAAGUCUCGAAGGAGAACGAUAUCUGCCACUCGGAGAACUCCGUGGCUCUAUAGUUACUCAGGAGACGGCAGGAGCUGAACAUCUGACAGAGAGCAAGCACGAAGAUAUGCAACAGAAGUCGGACAGACUGACGUCCGCUUUGCUGUAUAAUAGGCUGAGGCUACUGAAGCAGAGGAGAGACAGUUUGUUCGAUUUCAUCGAGGAGAAAAAUGAGGAGGACAUAGCUGCUCAACAAGCUCUCCAACGCGAACUGUACCGUCGGCAGGUCGUGAGGAACUGGCAACGAGCACACGGUAUUCAGCGUCUCGAAGAUGAGCGCGCAGAGCUCACGCGACUGCUUCAACUAUCCACAACAGCCAGAGCGAAUGGGACGGGAGUGAACGAUGUGAGACGGCAACGUCGUCUGCAAGAGGUCACGAUGCUAUUAGAGCAUCCUCGAAGUUUUCGGCGAGCGCCGCCAUAAAAAAAAAUAGCGAACCGUCGCUUAUCAUUGCCGAGAAACAUCGCCUUCCUGUUGUAGUUGGUCACGCGUUAUGCGUGGCUUUUGUCUUGUUGCGGAUAAACUGUUGUGGUAAUCGGAGAGUUACAGAACGGCUACAUGUUUCUGCUCUAAGCAGCCACAGGAGGGCUUAUUAUUACAUGAUAUGGAAAAAGGCAAAAGCUUUAAGACAUAUUAGGUGCGUUUAGUUUCACAUAGAAUUUUCUUCGACCCGAGCAGCGUGAACCUCGCUUACGUUGGCGGUCGCAAAUGGUGACCGCCCACAGAGUGAACGUUAUCGAUCCGCCUGGUAUUAGUGCUCCUGGUGUCACGGUGAACCUCUCAACGCCAUUUGCAUACCGAAACAACUUGCGGUGAGGUAGAGUACUUUCACAUGGAGAUACGUUUUAUUUGGGAAGGUCGAACAAGCAUCAAAAGACAUUGCGGAGGUGUUGCACGCGGAGGCAAUUAAGCAACGGAGCUCCUGGGUUAUUGUGACUCCAGACACAACAGUUGUUUUCUGUUGAGUGGCCAGUUAGCCAGAGUUUCGACUCGGGAUGACCGCGCCAGUAGACCAUUCAAUUUGCGUUCGCUGCAGGGGCUUUCCUGCGUCUCGUCAGAGGCGGAACCACAGUUGUGCGAUAACAUCCGUGGCUUCUCCCGACAUUUGGGGAAUUAUAUACGGACAAACGUGAAACGUCGGUGCUUUUGGAAACAGUGCGGACUUUCUUACUACGUUAACUACAUUCGCUGUGGUCACCCCUGGUGAAGAAGGAGGGAAAAUCAGAGAUUCCAAAGCAGAGGAGGCGUCAUCCGCGGGACACAGUUUCAGAUGCGUGAGUCCCUUGCCUCUUGACGCAAGUUCUGUCUACUGUUCGAUUGCGGAGAAGUACCGUACGAC